UUAUUGUUUACGCGGCUUUGUUAUCCAACACAUUUUCCUAUGCUUUGCGGCAAGAGUUUAGUUAAUAAUUUCUACAAAUAUAAGAGAAAAGUGUGGCAGAAUGUAAUUCCGAUUAUAAAGCGACACAAUGCAACAUACCACCCACCAAAAAUCCUGUUCUUUGGAACCGAUAACUUCUCCCUACCAAGUUUGCAAGCCCUGCACAGGAACUGCAGUGACCGCCUGGGUGUAGUUACAUCCUUUAAAAGUCCGGCAAACUGUGUGAGAAGCUAUGCAGAAAAGGAAAAACUCCCCUUAAAAAAGUGGCCAAUAGAACCAUCUGAUUGCUCCCAAUUCGAUCUGGGCGUAGUGGUUUCUUUUGGACACAUGAUACCUGCUAAUAUUAUUAAUGGAUUUCCUAAUGGAAUGAUCAAUGUUCAUGCUAGCCUUUUGCCCAAAUGGCGGGGAGCUGCUCCUAUCAUGUAUGCCAUUAUGAAAGGAGAUGCCAGCACUGGGGUUUCCAUCAUGAAAAUCGAACCACAUCGUUUUGAUAUAGGAGCUAUUUUAGCUCAGCGGGAGGUGGUCAUUAAACCUGAUGUCUUCAUGCCAGAAUUGCACGCAUCUUUGGCCUUGCUGGGAGCUGAUUUAUUAGUGGAUACGGUUAAUAACGUACAAGAAAGACUAAAGGAAGCCAAACUUCAAGACAAUACAAAUGCCAGCUAUGCUCCCAAGAUCACAAACAAGUUGACGGAGGUUGUGUGGUCAGAGCUCAGUGCCUUUGAUAUAUACACCCGUUACAGAGCUUUGUUCGGGUACAAAAACCUUACAACCAGCUUCUUGGGCAAACAAGUGCAGUUGCUGGAGUUACGGAUACCAGAAAGGGAACUCCUCGUACAAGAACCUGGUACUUUUAAGUAUCAAAAGCAGAGGAAAUCCCUGCUGAUAGGUUGUGCACAGGACAGUCAGCUUGAAAUUCUUCAGUUACGUGUGGAAGGAAGAAAACCGAUGAAUGCCCAGGACUUCAACAACGGAUUCCUAAAAGGAGCAAGGUCCUUGAACUUUACACAAAAUAAACUAUCUGCAAAUUGAU